AUGUUCAAAAUCCCCUCCGGCUUGCUGCACCCAGGUGGCAAGCCAGCGAGGGCUGGAAAGCCAGACACCUCCAGCACGACGGGUGGCGUUCUGUAUCGCGCCGCCAGUUCGCCCGCCACCGCCCCCGCCCCGCCGCCCGCCCGAAAGUUCCACCCACCGAUGACCUCGGCUGGAAUAUAUGUCCAGUGCCGGGCCUCCAGGUGCCCGAUGCGCCCCAGGCCGUCGCAGGACGGAGGAGGAGGAGCAGCAGGAGGAGGGGAGGAGGAGGAUGGGGAGGAGGAGGAGGAGGCCUCGCCCUCCCAGGGUGCUGCCCAGCGGGGAUGA